AUGGCUCAAGAUCUUAAUGGGAAGACGGCCAUUGUGACGGGUGCUGGUUCAGGAAUUAAUUUCUGCUUUGCUCGGCUCCUGCUCAGUCGUGGAGUCAAUGUUCUCGUUGCAGACCUGGCGCUCCGACCUGAAGCCAAAGAGCUCAUCAAUACUCACUCCAAAGAUUCGCCAAGAGCAGUUUACCUUAAAACUGAUGUGACGUCCUGGCUAGACCUCUCUCGUACGUUUCAGGUUGCUCAUCAAGAGUUUGGUGGUGUAGAUAUCGUCUGUCCCGGUGCUGGAAUUUUCGAACCACCCUAUUCCAAUUUCUGGCGUCCACCAGGGCAGCUACCUUCGAAGGAUGACCCUCAGAGCAAUCACUAUGCCUGCCUGGACAUCAAUAUUACCCAUCCGAUUCGUUUAACGCAGCUGGCAAUAUCUUACUUCGUGUCCGCAAAGCCCAAAGUUUCACCAACCAACCCGAAGAGCAUUAUCCACAUCUCCAGUAUCACAGCUCAGCUGACUCUGUUGCCGCUGCCGCUGUAUUGUGCCAGCAAGCAUGCCAUCAGUGGCUUUGUACGUAGUCUUGCUCACCUGGAAAGCACGCUGGGAAUCAGAGUUGCUGCAGUGGCACCCGCCAUCGUCAAGACACCGAUUUGGACGAGCGAGAAGCUGGUAAUGAUCAAGGCUGAAGAUGAAUGGGUCCUGCCGGAAGACGUUGCAGAUGUCAUGGUGGAUUUGGUGGAGAAGACGGAGAUUUCCAGCUACUUUGGAGAGAACGCAGAGCAGGGUGAAAUGAUCAGAAUUGGUGGGGGAAGUGUCAUAGAAGUCGCCAAGGGUCGACUUCGAGAUGUGCAAACUUUGAAUGACCCUGGUCCGUCGGGGCCAGGAACUACAGCGAGCGGCAUGGCAGAGCUUUAUGAGGGGGUAUAUGGUCUGCUCCAGAUAGAGGGCUGGGGCAAUCCAUCUUGA